AUGUACCCAAAUUCAAGUAUGCAACCGUCAAUCAAAAGAGACCGUUCAUUUAUGACAGCUUUUGUACCCGACCUUCCCCGGUCUUCGGAAACACCUUCUUCCACUGAUUACCCCGCCUCCGCCAUAACUAUGUCCACUAACACUAGCACAACACGCUUUCUACCUCGAGACAAUACAAUACAACUCUACAAAGUAAAACUCAUGACCUUGCUCGGAACAACAUCGCUCCCAUCUGCUCCCCGCAGCCUUGCCCCAAUAUCCGAUACAUCGCUCGUAGCGGUGCCAGCAACGACUGCGCUGUCGUUUGACUCAGAAUACUCGUGUAUGUCGUGGCGAUGA